AAGAAGUUACUAUCUUGAACUCCCGGAAGGGCGUCCAGGGUUUCCAAGGAUGCAAAGAAUGGGAUUAAAGGUAUUUCUGACAUUAAUGAUUGUGGGAUCUGUGUGGAGCAGCUCAGAGGUGAAGCAGAGCGUCUCCUCCUUCUCCUGCUGUGGGAGCCCCCGGCUGCCCUAUGAGCCGGGAUGCGAGAACACGUGGACCGCAGAUGGAAAGACGUUUGCCCACAUCCACCAGGGCGAGGGGCAAUGCAUUCCUCCAUGUAAGAGCUUUGAUGGCCACACGAUGGUGUUGGAUGGGUGCGUCAAUGUCAACCUCUCCACCGUCUGCACCAACAUUGAUGUCAAACGUUUACAGACACCUGUGACUGAGGAGUCUCGGAAAAUCUACCUCGCCGAUGAAUGCCAAUAUUCCACUUCCUCUGGGGUGACUCUGGGAUUUGAGGGUUUGGUUAAUCUGCUGGGAGCAACGAUCCUUGGACGUCUCUUUCUUCAGAUGAUCUGGUGAACUCAGGGAUAGAGGGAGUCAAAAACUAUGCAUCUAAUUUCCAUAUCUUUAGUUUUAGCAUAGCAUAGCUUUACAAAGAAACCUAUUUAUGCAAAAAAAAUUCUAUGAAUUAAGAAAGAUAUAGUUGUCUGAUCAAAUGUACUCAUUUUCAGCAGUUAUGAUGAUCUCAGGCAUUAUUUUUCUGAAAUUUGCACAUCGCUCCAUCAUCUGAGUAUUAAUAUUAAUGGUACUAACACUUACACCCCCAGUAGGUCCGUGUGAAGCAUUGGCUAAAUGCAACCCUGCCUCAGUGUCCACUGUUCUGUGGAUCAACUUAAGUCAUUACCAUCAAACAGAUUUGGCCCACACCAGAAAAAAAGCUAAGUAAUAGAGUAGCAUUCCUUUAUCUUCUAGUCACCCGCUCAAAAUUCCAAGUGAUGCCAUUCUACAAAUCUGCCAAAGUGUUUACAUUGUCUGUAAUUCUGCCAACAUCAUGAUGUUUUUACGAUUUAGUCGUCUAUAUUUGAUUUUUACAUAACCUUUUGACCCUUGGAUAUUUAGGUUGAAGACCCCAACUUUUUAAUAGUCUGUUCAGAAGUAUAAAAUGAAAGAUUGAUGACAGCUAGGAAACAGCAUUACUGCACUAUGAGGAUGAAAUGUGAGCUCCAAAUGCCCUACUUUUGCACUGGAAAAUGUAACGCUGCUAUAAGUACAUUUGCUAGGAUUGUUUGUCAUAUCUAAUUAUCUGUGAUCUGAAAUUGGCUGUUGGAGCAAGAAAGAGUGUCUGGUUUGAAAAUGAGUCUGAAUAAUACUGUGAAAAUGCCAAGCCAUUCUAACAGGGAAAACACAUACUGACGACGGAUUUUUAACUUUAAAAAUCCUAAAACAAACGGUUUAUUUAGUCUUGGUUGAAAAGCUAAAGAGUGUUAGUUCAGCACAAUGAAAGCUACAUAGCAGAGGUUCAUUCAGAUGCCACAACCGGUGGAUAUCUGCCUACUUUCCCUUCUUAUCUACACAUACAAAAAACAAAUCAUGAUUAUUGAAUUGUAGAAUGACAGAAAAUACCCAGUCUUAAAAAGUGUACCAUGGAAUAAGCUAUUGAAAAGUCUUCCAAAAAGGUAUUGGAAUAAUGUACCAGCAAGUUCAAACAUUUUUUUUUAGAAUAUUAACACUAAUAAUAGUUUAAUGGAUUAACCAAUUAAAUAAUAUGAUAACAGCAAUAAAUAAUACCAAACCAAUACUUACCACUGCACCGGCUGCUUUGUGAGGCAGACCAACAACCAACACAAAUCUGUACCAUUAAUACGUUUUGAUAAUCAUGAUUGAAUAGAAAAGAAGAUCAAGAGAAAAUUGAUUGUAUUUGUGAGCUUCUUCUCUCAGUCAUUUAUUUAACAAAUAUUUACUGUCCUAAAUAAAGGAAAGUAUGAUGACUUUCCCUUAGUUUCACAAACCACAAAAUAAAUCAAAGGUGUAAAAUAGUUAUCCAUAAAAGCAACAAAUAACUUGAAUGUUACCACUAAGCAACUCUCUGCAGACCAGCAUCAGCAGAGGCUGACACACAAACUGCUGCCAUCCUGAUCAAGAUUAAUAAUGAAUACAUUAAAAGUAGCCAAAAUGUAGCCAUUUUUAAGGCUGAAAACCAACAGAAUGUUUUAUCAAUGUUUUAGUUUUUUAACCAACUCAUGUUUUAAGGGAUUUGAUUACCGUAAUUGGCAAGUUGGCUUCGGCUUUGAAUGAAUUAUUUAAAAACGUCUCACCAUUUGCUUCCCAGACUCAGAUUUUAAAAGCAGCCAUUUAAAACUCUAUACACACUCUUUCUUGCUCCUUGACUGCCGUUUCAAUAUGGAUAACAGCACAAUAGGAUUCAAAAGGGACACUUUAAGAAAAUGGGUAUUAACAGCUUUUUCUUAAUGUUUGUGCUUUUCCUCCAUUUUGUUGAAUUCCUGGAAUUAGUUGGCUUUGGUUUUUAGAAAAGAAAGUUUUACUCUGGACAGAUGUUCCCUUUCCCUUUUUUUUGCUAAAAUGUGAAUCAUCAUCAAAAAUGUAUGUUUUGUUUGAUAUUAAUUAUUCCUGCUGUGAAUGUUAUAUUUGACUGACAAGUUAAGCACUUUUAUUAAUAUUUUUUUUCUACAUUAUUUUUUCAACUCAAUUUAAUUAAAAGCAAUGGAGGCCUUUGUCAUUUGUCUAUGUGAAUAUUACCCACUAUCUGUAGUGCAUUCGUUAUGGUCAAACUCAUUUAGUCAAACUCAUUUAACAUCAGAAAAACGUACUGGUUGGAUGACCAACUGUAUAUCUAGAGGAAGAGAUUUGAAGUUCAUAGCCAAGCAAAUAUCAGGGCCUAAAUUUUUUUUUAGGUCUGAGAACAGUAAAUGCCCAUCAUAUACAUGGAUAGAUACACUUUAUUUAUCCCAAGCAGGGAAAUUGCAAAAAUAAAACUUUGGUAUAGAGACAGAUAUUAAAGACUUGAUCAUUUUUAAAAACAGUUAUAAAUAUCUUAAGUGUUAAAUAAAAUAUCUGUUUUGGAUUUAUGAGGCUGAAAUACAGAUGUAUGGAUUCAGUUUUUUUCUUUCUGGUAUUUUUCACUUCAUUCAACCAAAUAUAUACUUCCAAGCACAUGGAAAGGGGGAGUGUUCCAUAAUAAACUUUGAUUAUUUCUCACAAAAAAAACAUUAUUCAAUCAUAGCCCAAUUGGAAAAAAAGGGAAGACCGACAAACUGAAGACUCGGGUUAAAAAAACAUUUUUUUAUCUGAAACAUUUUAAAGCACAUCACAUGUAUUUAAGAUUCUUUACAUGAUAUUUACAGAGCAUUAUCUAUUUAUUCUUUGUUUACAAGAGAAAAAAAGGCAUGCGGCGGGAGGAAUUGGGUGAGUAACAAUUUACUUCUGUUUCAUCAAAUUACAAGAAAUAUGACUGAGUCCAAAUAGCAGUUUGGAUACCCUGAAGUAUGAACCUCAGUGUCUGUGGGAGCCUAUUCUGGCUGAUGAGGAGGAUUAUUUCAGCUUGUUAAGAUUUCUCAACAGGCCGUCCCAUGGUACUAUAGACUGACCAUUUUUUCAUGGCUUAUUAACAAGCCUUUGUAAUAACUGAACCUAAAACAUAUUUCUCCGUUAAAACCAGCUCCCCUCUGUGUAGUCACUGGGACGAACCCUGAUGCUUUCAGCUCAAACUCUGUGGUCCCCCGCUUGGUUCGGUCCUGGUGUUCGGGCUCAGAUUUUUGUACUUGCGGGGCGUUUUACUAGACCUUGCUCUUUACGCAUCACGGGGGCAUGAAUGCUGCAGUCUCUAGCCUCACAGAAUCCUGGCACGCCUGCGAUUCCGACCAUACCGACGAUCCCCACCGGACCAGGGAAACCCCGGGGCCCACGGGCACCCUCCUGGCCGUCUUUGGGUUCAGCAGGGUGACCCGGUAAACCUCUGAGUCCCUGUGGUCCGUCUGGUCCUGGUAGGCCUUUACCUGGAUCCCCCGUGGUGCCUUUAGAUCCCUUCGGACCUGUUUUGCCUUCAGCUCCUUUCUGCCCCUCCAGCCCUUUAUCACCUUGAAGGCCUCUGGCUCCCUUUGCUCCAGCUUUCCCCGCUUUCCCCUGCUUUGCCUGCUGGACCCGGUGGUCCUCCGGCCCCCGGGGGCCCGAUUAGAGUUCGGUUGUUGAUGGGACAACCCUGGGAGCAUUUGGCUCGGAUCGACUGGGCGUACUGGGAAAUCUGGGCUGUGACCACGCCUCUGCAGAGCUGCAGGACCUGCUCAUCGGUCAGGCCGGGACCGGUUGGGCCUUGGACUCCUUUGGGUCCCGCUUGGCCAUUAACACCCGGGUCACCGAUCGGACCACGCUCUCCUCUUGUUCCUGGGAUGCCCGGGGGUCCAACAGGGCCCGGGAUGCCGCUACGGCCGACUGCUCCCUUUGGUCCUCGCUGUCCUUUGUCUCCACGAUCACCCCGGCUUCCCUUUUGUGCUUUUUCACCUUUGGCUCCCUUCUUUCCAGGAACUCACUUUUUCUCCGUCAGGCCCCGUCUCACCUUUGGCACCUGUUGAUGCCUGGAGGCCUUUAGGUCCUGGCUUUCCCGGUAUUCCAGCGUCUCCUUGCUCUCCUUGACUCACCACUCUGCCCAGUCUCCCCCGACGUCCUCUGAUCCCACGAUCCCCUUUACUGCCCUGCAAACUGUCCAGGCUCUCCCAUCAGUCCCGGCACUCCUAUUGGACCAUCUUCUCCGGGGUCACCGUCACUUCCUGGAAACCCCCCCAGGCCUUUAGUGCCCUUUGGUCCACUUGGUCCCACGGAUCCCGGCUGCCCUGGAUAGCCCUGUGUAGCCCCUCUCGCCGACAUCCCCCGGAAACCCGGGCGCUCCUAUCUGACCCUUCUGUCCAUCUUUUCCCACAACACCCUGUUUUCCUUGGUCACCACGAGACCCCUAAACCCUUUCCCGCCUUUUGAUCCUGCUGAGCCGGGGUCACCACGAGGCCCCUUCUCACCAGGAGCUCCGACUCCUCCACGGGGUCCCUCCAUACCAACGUCCCCCUUCAGACCCAGCUCUCCACGCUCUCCUUUGCCACCUUGAAGUCCAGGUUCACCCAUUCCACCAGAGAAACCAGAGGCUCCAUCUUCUCCUUCAGGUCCAGCAUCUCCGACUGGUCCAGUGUCUCCUCCCCUUCCUUGAACUCCUUUGGUUCCUUUAUAACCUUCUCUGCCCUGAAUUCCUGGACGACCAGUUUGCCCCUGAAGACCUCUGAAUCCCUGAGGUCCAGCAAAACCAGCGAAGCCGGGCUCGCCGGCUUCACAGUUGCAUUCUGUUGGACCCUCCUGCCCGAGCGCAGCAUCAACCCCCGACUCCUCGGAGGAGUCAGAGUCAUACGGCACCUGCAUGGUCUCUUUGUCCUCCUUGGCGUAGUGGGACUCGGUGGUGGUGGCGAAAGGAAAGACGUCCUCGGUGAUCAUGGUAACCUCCGUUUGGUCGUAGUCCUCCUCUACCUGCGGGUCCUCGUAGCUUUGAGUCGUCUCAGGCGGAUAAUCUGGCUGCCGAGAAGCUGGGCUGUCAUAGGUCUGGACAACCCUGACCUGAGUUGUAUCCAGAAUAUUCUUGGCAGAAAGAAGACAGGACACACAGGAAAAGCACAAGGAGCCUUGAGAAGAACAACGCCUUGUCACUGGAGGCGGCCAUGGUGCUGUAGAGUCUCCUCGGACCAGACCAGAUCCUGAAUAGGAUGAAUCCAGGAUACAGACGAGGAAAACCACAACCUGAUUGAGCUUUCCCUGAGCAGCUCCCCUCACAGCACAGUCAUCCCUGUGGUUCCCCCUGUCCUGUCUGCCCCCUCUCUGCCUGUCCAGGAUCCGGCAGGCUCCCGGGAACAUGAUGGGAUCCUCCCUGUGCUUUUUGUUCGCUUGGUCCUCGAUCUCCGCUUCU